CGCCGAUGUCCGUCUCAUCGCUGUUUUCGGGCCUCUCCCCCCAGGCCUCCUCGCGAUAUUUAUAUGCCCGUCCCCGUUCCCCCAUCACAAUGGACUUCUCAUCCAGAUCAGCUUCGCAUCGGCCUCUUCAUCUCUUCUUUGCCUUCUCUUCGAUACCCGGGUGAUGCUCUGAGGUGGUAAUACUACCUUCCACCUACCUACCACCUUGCAUUGCGCAUACAUCCAGAUCCCCGCCGGCCACAUCCUCCUCCCCCACAUUCCUGAAGCUUGGUUGUCCGCCAGCCACACAGUGUCGCCAACAUGGCCCCCUCCCAACAACAAGAAGACAAAUAUGACAUCGUCAUCGUGGGCGCUGGCCCCGUUGGCAUUGUCCUCUCGCUCUGUAUGUCCCGCUGGGGCUACAAGGUCAAGCAUAUCGACAACCGCCCGGUGCCGACCGCCACCGGCCGUGCCGAUGGCAUCCAGCCGCGUUCCACCGAGAUCCUCCGCAACCUGGGCCUGAAGCGCCAGAUCAUGGCCUACAAACCCGCCAAGGUGUACGACGUUGCCUUCUGGGAUCCCCUGGCGGGCGGAAAAGGGAUCCACCGCACCGGAAGCUGGCCCAGCUGCCCCCGCUUCAUCGACACCCGAUACCCCUUCACCACCCUGGUCCACCAGGGUAAGAUCGAGCGCGUGUUCCUGGACGAGAUCGAGAAGGCCGGUACCACGGUCCAGAGGCCUUGGACGAUCGUUGGGUUCAAGAACGAUGGCCUGGACGAGACAUAUCCCGUUCAAGUGCAGCUCAAGAGCCUCGACACGAACGUGAUCGAGACCGUCCGUACCAAAUAUCUCUUCAGUGGCGAAGGCGCUCGAAGCUUCAUCAGACAGGAACUUGGCAUUAAAAUCCAGUACAAGGACCCCAUCUCUUAUGUGUGGGGUGUUAUGGAUGGUGUCGUGAGGACCAACUUCCCCGACAUUGAGACUAAGUGCACCAUCCACUCCGAUGCCGGCUCUAUCAUGGUGAUUCCUCGCGAGGACAAUAUGGUCCGUCUUUACGUCCAGAUCGCUUCGUCCAGCGAUCCCGAUUUCGACCCUAAGAAGACGGCCACGGCGGAAGAUGUCCAGGCGAUCGCCAAGAAGAUCCUUCAGCCAUACUGGCUGGAGUGGGAUCGCGUGGAAUGGUACUCGGUUUACCCCAUCGGCCAGGGUAUCUCCGAGAAGUAUACUUUGGAUGAGCGUGUGUUUAUGGGAGGUGAUGCUUGCCACACCCACAGCCCCAAAGCGGGUCAGGGCAUGAACACUGCUUUCCACGAUGCCCUCAAUAUGGCCUGGAAGCUCCACGCCGUGGAGUCUGGUCUGGCCAAGCGCUCAAUCCUCAGCACCUACGAGAGUGAGCGCCAGGAUAUUGCAGAGACCUUGUUGAGUUUCGAUAACAAAUACGCCGCUUUGUUCUCGAAGCGUCGCCCCACUGCGGGCGAGGUAGGCGAGGCCAGCCAUUCGGCUGCUGCUGACGGCAACGGCGAGGAGGACGAGUUCGUCAAAACCUUCAAGUCCUCCUGCGAGUUCACCAGUGGCUACGGCGUGGCCUACAAGCCCAGCGUAUUCACCUGGGACCCCAGCCAUCCCGCCCAAUCCCCACUGUUUGACGUCCCCGGGGUGAAACUGACCCCAGGCCGCUCAUUCACACCCACCACCGUGACCCGGUUGGCCGACGCCAACUUCGUGCACCUGGAACAGGAAAUUCCCGCCAACGGCGCAUUCCGCAUCUUCAUCUUUGCCGGCAAACAAAAGCAGACCAGCAAGGCGAUCGCCGACCUGGCCGCCAACCUCGAGAAAGAGCGCUCGUUCCUCUCCGUCUACCGCCGAAGCGACAUCGCCGACGUCUCCUUCUUCGAGCACCACCUCCCCCACUCCAAGCUCUUCUCCCUCUGUCUGAUCUACGCCGGCGAGAAAAACCAAGUGGACAUCGACGCCGUCCCCACCAUCCUCCGCGACUACCACCAUCACAUCUACGCCGACAACAUCCCCGACGUCCGGGCCCCGAGCGCCCAGUACGCCGCCCACGAGAAACUGGGCUUCGACCCCGAGAAGGGCGGUGUCGUCGUCACCCGCCCCGACAGCCACAUCGCCUGCACCGUGCAGCUGGUCGAGGGCUCUGGCACCGUCGACGCCCUCAACGCCUUCUUCGGCGCUUUCACCACUAAGCCCCUCGGCCAGGAUCAACAGCAAAGCCGUCUGUAAUCGUGCUUUCUUGUGUAUUUUACCCCCUCCCUGUCCUGUUGGCUUAUUACCCGGGGCUCUCUUGUAUAUAGUAUACUUCGCUUCUUCGCCCUUGGCUUGGUUACUGUUUAGCGCAAGUCAUUGUGAUCCUCUGGCUGUUCGGGUUAUCUGAAUAUUAUAUGUUAACUAGAAUCAUC